UGGAAUGUGUGGUUUCACUUCCGCACUCUGUUCACCGUUUUCCCCUCGUAUCACAUUAGCCAACCGAAUGACGUUUAAAACAUUUCAAGAAAAGACAUUAUCUGCCUCGUAAAGCAACCAGGGCUUUUCGAAGCCUCCAAUAAUUAUGUCAUUGUUUUACGCAAGAACCAAUGUGGAGCAACGCGUUUGUUAAGGUCAACCAGGAAGUGCGUUAACGCUGCAUCUCUUGUACGCUUCAGUAACUAACUGGCUGCUUGGAGACGAAACUCCAUCUUAAAGCUGAAAUAAUGCAGGUGUUGACGCAUCCCACUGGAAGGUGUAGUCUCUUGGUGUGGACACUGAUGGUUCAGUUGAUCCUACGAGGGAGUGGAGUGUACGCCAACGACGCCACCAACAACUGCAAACUCAACUUUGAAUCCGAUUCGGAACGGAAAGUCCUCCAACGGAUAGAGCCGCUCGGCCACAGGAACUUUACAGCGGAGACCAAGAUUGGAGAGGACAAGUACUCGUACGUGUUCCAGUUGUGCGGCGACGCAGGCGGUGUUCCUGGAGCCGGCGUCAUUCAAGUGGAAGUCCAAAAAACAGAGAAGAAAGUCACUGUGAUUGGCAUGUACAAUGCAACAGAAGUCAUUGGAGGAAGCGACUAUGUGUGGUUGGUCUACGGCAAUGGAGAAAAAUACGACACCCACUGCUCCAAGGAACAGAGAAAAGCCUUUGUGAUGAUUUUUUGCAACCGGAAUUUGGAACUGGGCCAGUUAGAGGUUGUCCAGGAGAACAGGGAGCGGGAGCAGAACUGCUUCUACCAGUUCAAGUUGGAGUCUAGCGCCGUGUGCCCACCUCUAAAAUACAAGUUCAGCGCCGGCUCCAUUGUACUCAUUGUCGCGUUCUGCCUUGUAGCCGUUUACCUGAUUGGAGGUUUCCUCUACCAGCGGCUCAUCGUGGGGGCCAAAGGAAUAGAGCAGUUCCCCAACUACGCUUUCUGGGCGGAGGUCGGCAAUCUCUCGGCAGACGGUUGUGACUUUGUGUGCCGCUCACGGGAUCGAGAGGAGGCCUCGGCUUACAGGGGAGUGUCUACGGAGCCUCUGGACGAGGAGCCAGAAGAGCGAGAUGACCACUUAUUACCGAUGUGACCCCGCAUCAAUCAGUUUUUCCACUGUGACUUUUUCUGACAGCUUUGAUGAAAGUGCUCGUAGGCAAUCUCAGUUAUUGUACCGGUUUGAGUGUGCGUUCAUACGGCGUGCAGACGUGUACCUCGUUCACUUGUUUGAUGGUAAACAAAUGAGAAAUUCAUAAAGGAGAAGUGAGGUUUCUUAUGAAA